AUGGCAAGACUACAGCAGCUUGACGAGACUCCAGUUAAAGUGAAAGAGAAGAAGAAUAGAAAUCAUGGAUCCACUACAUUCUUUGUGUUUGUGUUUGAUAAAAGUCCUAAAAGAGUGAAAAUACCGAAUUGGGAUACUUUGGAAGAUAUUGGGAAUGUUGGUCAAAUAGCGGGUGUUCAUGCGGUUGGGUUAAUAGGGUUAAUAGUAGAUGCAGCAAAUAGGGCUAGAUUGCACAAGAAGAAUUGCAAAAAGUUUGCUCAUCACUUGAAAUUAAUUGGGAAUUUGUUGGAGCAGCUUAAGAUAACAGAGCUGAAAAAAUACCCUGAAACAAGUGAACCCUUAGAACAGUUGGAAGAUGCACUGAAAAGGGCUUAUUUGUUAGUUCAUAGUUGCCAGGAUAAAAGUUAUCUGUAUCUGUUAGCAAUGGGGUGGAGCAUUGUGAACCAGUUUAAGCGCAUUCAAGACGAGAUCGAUCGCUACUUGCGGAUUAUGCCUUUGCUAACGCUUGUUAGCAAUGCUCGCUUCAAGGAAAGAUUAGAACGUAUCCAAAACGAUCAAUAUGACUACACAUUAGAGGAAGAGGACAGAAAGAUGCAAGUUGCAAUUUUGAAUAAAGAACCAUCAAUGGCUGAUACUGUGCUGCUCAAGAAGACCCUUUCUUGUUCAUAUCCAAGCAUGCGAUUUGAACAAGCCCUUCUAGAAGAAAAUGAGAAGCUUCAGAUGGAACUGCAGCGGUCGCAGUCUUCCAUGAAUGUCCAACAUAGUCAAGUGAUUGAACACUUGAUUGAGGUAACCGAAGCUGCCUCUAGGCACUCCAGAAAUCUGGAGGCAAGUUAUUCAAAAUCUCACGAUGGAAAAGCAUUUUCUGGCAUUGAGACCUGCCAUAAGAGUAUUGGUGCUUUGUCUACUGUCAGGAAUACUUCCAUACCAUCUCCAGAAUAUGAGGUGCAAUAUGCCAGGGGAUCAGAUGAUAUGGAGGACUGGCACACUGACCUGCUUGACUGUUGCUCCAAGCCCAAGUUGUGUUUAAAAACAUUCUUCUUUCCUUGUGGAACAUUUUCAAGGAUUGCAUCAGUGGCAAACAACAAGCACAUGUCUUCAGGAGAUGCAUGCAAUGAAUUGACAGCAUACUCGUUGGUAUUGUCAUGUUGUUGCUACACUUGCUGUAUUAGAAAAAAGCUUCGCAAGAUACUCAAUGUCAAGGGAGGCGCAUGUGACGAUUUUCUCUCACAUUUAUUAUGUUGCUGCUGCUCUCUUGUCCAAGAAUGGCGAGAAGUGGAGAUUAGGGGAGUAAAAGGUCCCAUGAAGACCAUGGCACACCCACCUUCGGUACAGCAGAUGGAGUUCUGAAUAAGUGACUGGAACAUCAAUCAUAGAUACUGCCUUCCACUUACAUGCUUCACGCAAUAUACUCCGCAUUUGCCAUAUGGAGAGCUGCUCUUUACAUAGGUUGGCUGUGCAAUCAACUGAAAUCCUCUUCUUUGCCACCAACCACAGAGGGUGGGAUGGGGAGAGAGCGAGAACUUAGGCUGUUGUUUCUAUUUGCACUUAGAAGUAGAAAAUGAGGAUAUUACAUGGUAGUGUUAUGUAUAUAGUUCAGUGUAGGAAACAUAGUGCAGAGUAACUAUGCAAAAUUGGAGUAUAAACAACCCUUUUAUAAGUCCAGUUUAUUACUCCUCUCACCGUAAUGUUUAGAUUUGAAUCCUUUUCUUA